AUGAACGUAUUGUUGGUUAUCUUCUCCGUGAAUAUGUUCUUGCUCAUCCUGGGGAUUGGAAUCAGUUGGUAUGACAUCAGAUUGUAUGGCUCUGGUCUCUACCUGGCAUUGGUAUCCAUCGUCACGGUCGUAAUAGUAUUGGCAUUUUGCUUGGUUGGAACAGAUGAGCAGACGCAGCCGACUGUGGCCAAGCAAAUGUGGUCCAAAUCACAACAAACAAUAAGACGAUACACCACAGUGAGAAGAGGGAGAAACAAUCAAGUGAACCUGGAGAUGGUAAGGCAUACCGAAGGCAGUGAGAGCAGCAACAUCAUCUGUGCGGAGAAAGUUGUCGUCAAAGUAAGAUAUUAUUUCACGAAUUCUAUAUACAUAUUGGCGGUGAUUUACAAAUUUUUUUUCCAAUCGGAUCUUGUCAAUGGUUUGGAAUUUGAGUGAAAUUUUAUUUUUGGGACAAGACCCGCCGGAAUUUAGUCCAAACUUAAUUUUGGGCUGAAUUGGCCGCUCUUGACUAGAUAAAAAAAAAUUGUAAAUCGCCUCCUAUACGUCCAGUCACAUUUUUAGGUGAGCCAUUCCCCUCCCAAAAAACAACAAUCUGUAAGAUUCAACGACAUUGAAGAGCAACUAAAUAGUUCCGGAACUCUGACGGCAUCAACAAGUGAGCCAAGUGCUAUCAUGGACGGAAUGGUUAAGCUCAAGAUGGACUUGGAGACCGGCAGUUCUCCGGAUUGCACAAAUGAUAGCUCUGGUAUUGCAGGAAGUGAAAACAAUGUUAUAUACCUCUGA